CGAUCGGUACUCAAUCUUCUUCAAGUUCUUGAAAGUAGAGGACUACUGACUACUUUUCCAAAAACGUUUAAACACAUUUUAAGAUAGCUUCUCACUUUGAGAUCGACACUUUCAAGAACUUUGCAUAAAAAUGGUCGCAACGCACAAUCUAAUCGCCACUGAGAGGGUGGAGAAAAUCGAGGCUCAACCAUUGCAUCAUGUGAACAUCCCCUACGAGAAGGCCACCUUCGGAAUGGGAUGUUUCUGGGGUUGUGACUCGUUGUUUGGUGCAACCAAGGGUGUUCUGCGAACUAGUGUUGGAUACUCCGGAGGUACCACUCCGGCUCCGGUCUACAGAAAUAUGGGUGAUCAUACCGAGGUGAUCGAGAUUCACUACGAUCCCACUGUGCUCAACUUCUCGGACCUGUUGGAUCUGUUCUGGAACAACCACGAGUACGGUCUGACGACCCGCAUCAAGCGCCAGUACAUGUCGCUGAUCCUGUACCACAACGAGGAACAACGUCGCAUUUCGGAAGAAAGUCGUGCCGAGGAGCAGAUCAAGCGAGCCCCGGAAAAGAUCAUUACCGAAAUUGCACCUGCUGGCAUUUUUUAUCCCGCUGAAGACUAUCACCAAAAAUACCGUCUUCAAGGUCACCGCGAGUUGGCGAAGAGCAUUGGCUUGACGCCCGAGCUGCUCCACAAGUCGCAUGUGGCGGCGCGUCUGAAUGGCUACCUGAUCGGAGUUGGCGGUCUGGACCAGUUCGAGAAGGAUACCGACCGGCUGGGACUGAACACCGAUCAGGCGCAGUAUGUGCGCGAUUACGUGCGCGAGAACGAGGGAGGCGGCAUUUUCUGCUAAGGGAGGAGAUAGAUUGACGAUGCGCAGGGGGAUCCCACAUUAUUGAUGGGCGUGAUUAUUGCUUUUAUUUGACUGUUAGAUGUUGGGGAUAAUGUUUUUAUAAAAUGUUAUCAAGUUUAUUAUGGUAGGUUAGGAUUAUGAAAAUAGGUUAAGUAGUCAGUUGAAAAAUUAUGAAUCUAAUGACUUCAGUGGAUAGCAAUAGAUGUUAAAACUGAAUGAACGAAAUACACAUCUUUGAUCUUAUUUAACAUA